CGCACACACACACAGCAGCCCGUCUGCGGGACACUGAGGACCGCAUCCCCCUCACCGGAACCGCGCACAGGACACUCUCUGGUUUACGCAACACCUGCUUUUCUUUUAUCGCUUUUUUCUUUAUUAUUCGUCGCUGAAAGGAACUUUAAUUUUCAUUGAGAAACUUUCACCUAUGGUUCGCGAAGAUGAGGCCAAGUAGUGGUUUCUCUCGGGGAAACAUCGCUGUGGUGCUGCUGCUGCUGCUGCUGGGAGGAGCAACAGGGCUGUACUUCCCUCAGAAGGAUUACUUUGAGACGGUGUACGUGGGCCAGGUGGCUGGCACACCCAUCCUCCAGGUCCACGCCAUGCUGGACAGCAACUCUGAACAGCCGCACUACUACCUAUGCAGGACGAGCUCCACCAGACGUCACAGCUCCUGGUUCCACCUGGACGUCAACACUGGGAUACUGUCCUUAAACAAAACCCUGGAAGAGAACGAUUUCGCCUUGUCCAAUCAACCCUCGUGGUCCGUAAAGAAGUUGUUCCUGCUAGCCAUGGUCUCCAAGAAGCCCCUGUGCAGUAACCCCACUCGGAUCACCCUGGACUUUGUCAACGCCACACUGCCUCAUUGCGCUCAGACUGAUCUGAAGGAGCUAUGCUUCCCGCACAGAGACACGUCCAACCCCCACAUCAUGGAGAACAGGUUCCCCGGGGCCCUGAGACAACUCCGCCGUCUCACCAGACUCCACGUCUGCCCCAACUACACCGUCUCUUACCAUGUGGAAUCAGAUACCCCAGCACCGUUUGCUGUGGACGAGAACACCACAGAGCUGGUGGUGACGGCUCCUCUGGACCGUGAAGAGAGUGAAUGCUACCGACUCCUGCUGGUUUGCACAGUCCGGACAGAAAGGUUCAUCACCAAGCUGGAGGCUUCACUGGAUGUGUUUGUCAACGAUGAGGACGAUAACGCACCCUAUGUGAAUGGGACAGACACAGCAGAUAUCGUCAUCAGCUUUAAUCGGACAAAGGAUGGGUCUUUUGGCGCUUUGUUUGUUUUCGACAGGGAUCUAACCCCCAUCUUCCCGAUUGACCAGCCCUACAAUAAAUAUGUGGGGACCUUGCUCAAUAAUGACACGUGGAUAAAGGAAACAUUUGACAUUAAAGCCACCUUCAGUGAAAAGAAAGCUGCUGUUGGAGGAAUUCGAGAGACCGUUCACAACUACCAGCUUGUCCUGAAGAGGAACCUGGUGGUGACGGAGAACCGCACCGUGCAGCUGGACUUCAUGGUCAAUGACACCACCUACCCCGGGCUGGAGGGAAACGUGUUGCUGCACUUCAACGUCACUAUCUUACCUGUGCACAUCCGCUUCAACAACGUCACGCAUAUGUUCACAUUAACACGCAGAGCUUCUCUUUAUGCUCAGGUCGGCAGAGUUUGUGUGGAAAACUGCCAGCAGUUCGAUGGCUUCAGGGUCACAUACCGGCUGGAGGUGCCCGAUAAGAACGCGUCAGUGGAGGUGCAGUCCUGCUACACAGCCAUAAGCAUCACCCAGGCCCCGGACGAGAUGUGGGGCCUGCUCUAUGUGAACGACACGGAGGCGCUGCGCAGGCCCGAGUGCGAGGACCUGCAGUACAUCGUUGUAGCCCAGGAGGAGCACACACAGCUGGAGGCCAGCACGCAGAUCCACAUCAUACUGGAUGCUGAAGCAAACAAGGCCAGCCAGGAGAGCCAGCGGUUCCUUUCAUGUUCAUAUAACAGUCGGCGAGGAGUCUGUGAGUCUGUCCGAGGCCUGGGGGCCACAACAGGGAGAUGCCAGUGGAGGCAAGGCUCUAAGAAAGUCCUAGGUUUAUCUAAAGAUUACUCCACCUGCUCCCCUGACCUGCGCACAUGUCCGGACAGCUUCUGCGAUGCAGUUGAGAGCAAAGAUCCGUCCAUAUGUCCACAAGACUGUACAAAGGAACCCGUUACUGGAGGUCAUGAACGAGGCUUGAGGAAUGGGAUCCAGGCUGGCUAUGGGACCUGCUACUGCCACUCUGAGGGGUGCGUCUGUGAGAAGGUAUAUAUUGAGGAGGUCAUAUGUGACGACAUGUGUAAGACCAUCAUUGCCACGGCUCUGCUACUCUCCUUCAUCAUCUCCAUCCUCCUGUCCUCGUACUUCAUCCACCGCUACCACAAGAACUCUCCCAAGCCUCCGAUCGCCUCCGCUGAGAUGACUUUCCGCCGGCCGGCUCAGGCUUACCCCAUCAGCUUCCCCGGUAACCUUCGCCGCGGCUCGCAGGACUCCAUCGAGACGGACACCUUUAAAAUGCCUGAGGAUCCUAAGUGGGAGUUUCCUCGUAAGAACCUUGUACUUGGCAAGACUUUAGGAGAAGGAGAGUUUGGGAAAGUUGUCAAGGCGACAGCAUUCAGGCUGAAAGGAAAAGCUGGCUACACCACUGUGGCUGUGAAAAUGCUUAAAGAAAACGCUUCCCAUAGCGAGCUGCGUGACCUGCUGUCAGAAUUCACUUUACUGAAGCAAGUCAACCAUCCACACGUCAUAAAGAUGUUCGGAGCGUGCAGCCAGGACGGUCCUUUGUAUCUGAUCGUGGAGUACGCCAAGUUUGGGUCGCUGCGCAACUUCCUGCGCGACAGUCGGAAAGUUGGCCCGAGCUACAUGAGCAGAGACUCCAACCGAAACUCCAGCUAUCUGGAGAACCCAGACGACAGAGCGCUCACCAUGGGUGACCUGAUCUCCUUUGCAUGGCAGAUCUCCAGAGGCAUGCAAUACCUGGCAGAAAUGAAGCUUGUUCACAGGGACCUUGCUGCACGAAAUGUCCUGGUAGCCGAAGGGCGAAAGAUGAAGAUCUCAGACUUCGGCCUUUCCAGAGACGUGUAUGAAGAGGACUCGUAUGUAAAGAGGAGCAAGGGCCGUAUACCUGUUAAGUGGAUGGCAAUAGAGUCCUUGUUUGAUCACAUUUACACAACACAAAGUGACGUCUGGUCCUUUGGUGUGCUGUUGUGGGAGAUAGUGACACUGGGAGGAAAUCCCUACCCAGGUAUCGCUCCUGAACGCCUCUUUAACCUGCUCAAGACCGGCUACAGGAUGGAGAGGCCAGAGAACUGCACGGAGGAAAUGUACAACCUCAUGAUUCGAUGCUGGAAACAAGAACCAGAAAAGAGGCAGCAUUUCUCAGACAUCAGCAAAGAACUGGAAAAGAUGAUGGUGAAAAGUCGGGAUUACCUGGACCUGGCGGCGUCCACGCCUGCCGACGCCCUGCUGUACGACGACGCGCUCUCUGAAGAGGACACUCCACUAGUGGACUGUAAUAACGCCCCUCUCCCUCGCACCCUCCCCUCCACAUGGAUUGAAAACAAGCUCUAUGGUAGAAUAUCCCAUGCAUUUACUAGAUUUUAGAAACAGGACACACAACACAAGCUCUCUUUUUUGGCAAGUUGUGAUUGGCUUUUCCGUAGUCAAGUGUGCGUGACUGUGAUCUAGGCAUGCCUUUUUUGCUGAUUAAUGCUGACACAUCUCCCAUUUCAUCGUAAAUGAGAGGGCUCAGUGUUAAAAAGAUCUUGUGUCUUGACCUUUUUUGUUUUACUUGGACCUGCUUCUAAUGUAACACGAAUGCUGACCAAAAUGAUGCUACAUUUGUAAAUAUUGAACAUACCAUUACUUCUUAUUUAUAUGGCACCACUCAUACUCAUGCUUAGUCUGCAUUUUUAUGAGUUCAUUUUUCACACCAUCACAUUUCCAUUGUCAUCAUUCCAUUAUGUGUUUGCAUUGGUAGAAACAGUGUGCAACAUUUGAAACAGGUCCUUGUCGAAUCAAUCACUCACUGUGUUUUUUAAAUUCAAGAUUGUCUUACAUUUCCUGACUUUCUAAUGUAUAUUAGCUGUUGAUCUAUAAUGUUUCACAAUGCUGAACAGAGGAACAGUAAGGCUUUUGAACGCAACUCUCAGGUGACGAUAAAAAGUAAAGAACACAUUGGAUUUAUUGUUUGUUUGCAUUUUUGAACAGUUACAGAAAGGGGCAUGAGCAACAUUAUAGCUAGAUACAUUUGUACCAACAUUAGUAAAACACUUAAUAAACAACACUAUAUUCUGCUUUAUGUACAGUAACCUAUACAAAGCCAUAACUUCAACGGGCUUUUUCCAGGCACUAGAGUUUGAUUUGAGAGCCUUACUGUCUGCACGCUGUUAAUAUUUCACUGAGUGCAGAAAAAUGAUAUGUUCUCGUUUUUAGGCAUGUCAUACCCGAACUGGCCUGAGAAGAGCCCGGUACCCCUCAACAGACAUGAUGCCACUAAUCCAGUCUUUACAAGAUAUGCCAAUGAUAGUGUUUAUGCAAACUGGAUGGCUUUGCCUUCACCCGCAAAAGCUGUGGACAAGCUCGAUAGCUAAAGACAAACCAACACUGUAGAAAAGAUGACUAAUUGGUAGAUGUGUAUAUUUCUAUAAGACUGUACAUAUACAAUCUGAUGCUAAAGUUGGUUCCCUUUUAUUUCUGUUGCACGGGGUAUUCAACGUUUUAAAACUGGGGUCUUUUUUUGCUGCAAAAGCGGCAGGAUCAAUGUAGACCACGCUUCAUUCAGCUCCUCAGUAUGUUAAUUAUUACCUCACGGGUCAUGUUGGCCAUGUUGUAUCACUGCAUGACUAUUGUACCAGAUUGUAUGCCAGUGUCAAUGUCUUUUAAGUGCCUGUGCCGCUUCUACAAUAGCCUCCAAAUAUUAAUGUGCAACUGUGAAGAUCUUGUUCCAGCCCAGGAAUUAAAGGGGACGUCUUUACCAUCACCUGCUGUAGACAGCUGGGAUUGAGUGGACAAACAGCAAAAUGCUGAACUUGUUCUGAAAAUGUAAAGUUUCUACUUUAGAGGAUUGUGCUCCUCAAAUUGUCAAAGACCCAUUUUGUGUUUCUCCCACAAGAUGAUUCAAAGCUGUUCUUGCCAAAGAGAAGUAACACCGACAUGAUCAGUGAGCAGUUUUCUUGCUUUUGUUCUUGUCAUAUAUAUUUUUUUUUUACAUGAGAAAUAUCAACUAGUGAGUGCUACUCCAGUGUAAGGACCCGACACUUAAUGUAAAUCGUGACCAUGUCCCAUGUGAGACUACAGUUCACUAUUGGAUUCACUGUAAUGGCAAUCUUUGUGGAAAAAGUAUGAUUAUGUAAACUAAUGAGUGUUAUGUUGUUAUUAUUUGAUUAAGUUCCAAUUAAUAAUAAACGUUAAAAAUGUUCA